ACCUCCAUCUCCAUAUGAAAUAAAGAACAAAUACUUGGAAAUGGAGUACAAAGAAAUGGAAGCUUAUGUGAACCAACAAAGGGAAAAAUGGAAGACAUAUGGGUGCACAAUAAUGUCAGAUGGAUGGACAGGGCCCACGAAAUUAAGUAUUAUUAAUUUCAUGGUUUAUUCUAAAGGGACCACGGUGUUCCUUAAGUCAGUCGAUGCAUCGAACUAUAUCAAAGACCACAAGUAUAUAUAUGAGCUUUUGAAGACUAUUAUCAAAGAAGUCGGUAAGGAAAAUGUGGUCCAAAUUGUCACAGAUAAUGGGUCGGCAUUCAUGAAAGCAGGGAAACAAUUGAUGAAGAAGUAUAACUUAUAUUGGACUCCGUGUGCGGCACACUGCAUCGACUUAAUCUUUGAAGACAUCGGUAAAAGACCCAAUGUUAUCGAGGUGAUAAACAAUGCUCGCAAGAUAACUAACUUCAUUUACAAUCAUGGUUGGUUACUAGCACAAAUGAGAAAGUAUUGUGGUGGAGACAUUGUUCGACCAGGAGCUACAAGGUUUGCUACCAAUUAUAUUGCUCUUGACAGUCUUCUAAAAAAAAGGGCUGAUUUGAAAAAAUUGUUUAUGAGUGAUGAAUGGGCACAACACAAACUCAGUCGAACAAAACUUGGACGAGAAUUGGAGCAAUUAUUGUUUGACCAUACGUAUUGGGACAGAUUGACAAAUAUAGUUUCAUUAUAUGAGCCAUUAUAUGUGGUGCUUCAACUUGUGGAUUCUGAAGUUGUUCCCACAAUGCCAUUUGUGUACGAGCUUAUGCACGUGAUGAAAGAGAACCUUAUUCGUCAAGGAGCUGGAGAUUGGAUGUUCAAAAUAAUACAAGAUCGUUGGCAGAAAACACUAAAACAUCCACUUCAUGCAGCAGCAUACUUCUUGAAUCCAAGAUUUCAAUAUAGGCGUGGAGUUGGUAGUGAUCCGGAACUACUUCAAGCUGUUCAUGAUGUUUUUGCAAAAUUAGAUCCAACUACUGAAUCGCUUGGUCAAUUUGGAAAUGAGGUGAAUAAAAAAUUGUUAUUUUUGUCAAUAAAACAAUAAUUUCAUUCAUCAAUUUAUUUGAACGUUUACUAACAAAUUAAAUGUUGAAUACAUAGCUUGUACUUUUUUGAGAUGCAAAAAGAGGAUUCGGUGAUCGAGCGGCAAUUGCAUCAAGGUCAACCAUGGUGCCUGGUGAGUCUUUAUAGGAAAAAAUUGAUUAUUAUUAUUGU